AUGUCUAAUAAAUCUCCGCGUAAAGCGCAAUGGGGAAUGCAUCAACAUAGACAUAGACGGGAUCCAUCACCUUCUGGAGCCCAAUGGGAUGCUUCAAUCACGCUUAGAGCAGUUCAAAGUGAAUCUUUACAAAUGAGAAAUCCAUCAAACGUAUCAAAAUAUCCUCCUUCUCCAACUUCCACAACCUUUUCAUCAGCUUCUUAUAAUACACUUCCAAGUACAAUGAUGACGACAAACACAUCUUCUACAAGUACGAGUAAUCGAACUACAAUGUCAAAUUCAACCGAUCCCCCUAUUGGUCAACAAGCAAUCAAUCUAAGAGGAAGGCCAGCCGGUUUUCAUUCUUAUAGCUUAUCUGUCGAUACAGCAAAAGCACAACAACAAACGGCUUUAGGACUCUUUCGAUCGACAGAAGCAACUUCUCCAACUUCAACCACCGGAAGUCAAUAUCAUUAUUGGCGUGGAGGUGAUUCGCCCGUUUUAAUGAAAGGAAGUGAACCGCCAUUCAAUUAUGCAGAAAGAAGGCCUUCAUGGACCCAAGAAAAUGUAUCUUCUACUCGUAGGGGGGCUCCAUUACUUUCACCCACUUCAACUUCAUUCGAUCAGCCCAGAACACAACAUAAAAGAGCGGAAAGUCAUAGCAAUCCAUUAGACAACAUUAAAUUGAUCGAACAAGAAGCCAAAGCUUUGAUGCUUUUGAGAUCUGAAUCAGGUCAAAAAAGCGAGAAGAAUGCGCCCGUGAAGCCGUUGCGGAUAUCAUCAAGGAUGCCUGAAGGAGUUACAGACUAUUCUUCUGCCGAGAAAGAAGGUAAUAAGGAAAGAGUCAGAUUUGACGAUUCACGGCCUACUGCGAAGAGAUCAUUGACUGUUGAGCCGACGCCAACAUCUCGACCAUCAUUCUUUAAGAAAGCGUUUGGAUCUCCACUGAAAAAGACUGAGAAGGAAGCAAAAGAGGAAAGACGAACAACUCAAACAAUGCCAACGACACGUUCAAUCGUUCGUAAUAGCCAUUCUUCUUCUUCUUUACGUCAGAAAAGUAAACAGAGAGAUACAUUAACGCGAAUGAUUUCUGCUCCAACAUUGAUCGAGACAAGUUCAACCGCAUCUCCCGUACAAACCCAAAUGCAAUUCCCACAAAAUGACAGAAAGGAAACAUUGCCAAAAGCCGAAGAUUCAAUUGCUGGCUUGAACGGCAAUCAACCCAAAAGACGUAAACGAGCACCUCCACCGCCGCCACCGCGAAGAAAACACUCAGAGAAUUCUACAAACACUCAAAGUUCAAGAUCACCAAUCUCACCACUUUCUCCAAGCGAGCCUCUCACUCCACCGGAGGAAAAAGGUGGUGAUAUAGCAGCCAUUGUAGGAUAUAGCGAUGAAGCUCAAUUCAGAAAAAAUUCUGCUUCGACUAUCCGAAAGAAUUCGGCCGUACACAUGACUGAAGAUUUCUCUCUGAUCGGUCAUAUGCCGUUGGAUUUCAUCAAUGGGGUGGGGAAGGAAAGAAAGUUUUCAAACACUGAAUCACUCGGUUCAAUCUACGAUCAAGAAAGUUGGGCAGGUCAUACACCACAAGAGAAUGAAUUAGCAUUACCUUCGCCUACUUACCAACACGCCAAAUUGAGUGGCGGCAAGAACCGUGGAAGAAAAAAGAGUGAUCUUUCUCCUUUGGUCAAAGAUCGUAUUGUAGAGCUUCAAGAGCCAGAUACGAGUAUUGAUACUUCUGAUACAAGUAAUGAAAGUCAACAAUCUUCUUCGCACUUGCUCUAUCUGGAUGAAAUACGCGAAACACGCAGAAGAUCACAAGUGAAGGAUGAUCGACGAGCAACCGUUUAUGAAGAUGCAGAUUCAGGUCUGGCUUCCAACGAAGAAUCUUUGAAUGCGGAAAGCGACUCUGAAUCACCAAUCAUCGUUAAGCGAAGACCAUCUGAGCCUAGAUACUACAAAAUCGUUCGAACGACAGAUGAAGAUUCGAAUGAACUGGAGUACCUUGAUUCAAUCCAUCUUUACGAUGAAGAAAGUCAAUCAGAGCUCACAGAAGAAAGUUCUUCGGUCACUGCAUCUUCGAUUGAACGUGCGAACAGUUCUUUAACCACUGCAGAACAAGAAGAAAUCAAUCGAUUCGUCAAGAAUUACGGAAAGAAUAUUCGUUCAGUUCGUGCUUCAGCUUUGAUGGAUUUAGACGAUGCCGCUCAAAGACCUUCAUCGAUCGAGAAAGUAUGGCAAGAGAGACAAGAAGGCAAGCGAAACGUGAUCAGCUUUGUUCUGGCUACUAUCUCUGGCACGAUGACCUACUUGACGCCGAUCAAAUUCAAAGAUAUCCAUCAAAUCCGCAAUUACAAUAAUAUAAACGAAUCGGAUCAUCAAGUAGAACAGUUUCAUAUGGAGAGCUUGAAGGAUAAUUGUGAAAGAUUGUUCUUGGCUUCUGUACCGAUGUAUGAAAUGUUGUUUACUCGUCUAUGGCAUAUUUCUCAUUGGUCGAAAAAGUUGGAAUCCUUGUCAUGGUUUACGGCUUACUUCACACUUUGGUACUGUGAUGCUCUCAUCCCGGGUGCUUUGGCAAUCCUCAUCUUCAAAAUUGUCAAUGAACGGGAAUCCGGCAGAAAGCGUGGAAGUAUGCUCACUUCGGAAGAGUUACAAUCACGUUCAAAAAUGCUUGAACAAUUCAGUGAAGGUGUCAAAAUAGAUCCGGCUUCUAUGUCUUCUUCCGCAACAUCUUCUCCAACUUUAGCAGGUGACGAAAACAGCUUCACUUCCUCUUCCUCAGAAGUCACAAACGCUUUACGUCAACAUACUCAGGCCAUUUCCAACUUUACUGCAAAAGUUGCCGAUAUCCAUGAACGAAUGUACAACAUGUCAAGAUGGUCUUAUACGCCUGCAACAGUUCGAACACUGAUUAUCGUUGGAUUCACGAUGGCUAUCUCACUCUUUUUCAAUGCAAGUCAAAUUCUUCAUUGUGUUGAGUUGAUUUUUGGCGUUCACUUUUUCAUCCUUGUUCCGAUUCUUUCUCGAUUCAAAUCUUUAUCUGGCAAGGCGAACUUUUCAAUCUUCUCACUCUUCGAUUUUGCCUUAUCAGGUGUCCCAAAUGACGCUCAAAACGCUCUAUUGAUCAUGCGCAAGAGUAAUGCGAACGAAAGUGAUCGAGAAUCAAAACAAUCAAGAGACAAGCGUAAAUGCAUCGCAGAAUUUGAUGAUGUAGUCAUUCAACCUGCUCACGCUCGAGGAGGACGUUAUCGCACCAAAGAAGAUUCACCCACAAAGAUGACCUGGGCAGCGAAAGAAACAACGUUUACAGCAACGUAUGAUGAUCAAGUCGGAUUACUGAUGAUUUCUUCUAAACGUAUCUUGUUCAGAACUGGUGGUCCUUCUUUUAUCGUUUUGUUGGAUAUCGAACUUGAACAAAUCGCUCAACUUGAUAAAGUUCGCAAAGCAACAAUCAAGGAUUCCAUCCGCAACGAAGGCUUGCGAAUCACCGUUAAGCAAGAUUUCGGUACAAACACAGAGCCAAGUAUUAGCAUUCAUACUUUUUUGAAUAUGAAUUUGCGAGAUGAAGCUUUCAAUCGUGUUUUGGCUUUAGCCCCACAAAGGUGGCACAAACAAAUAGGAGUCAAUUCUUCUACCUAA